GUUUCUCUGCCGGACAUUUUCUGCUGUGGGAGAGACCUAUCUCAUCAUGAGCUUUUGUUCUCAGCUUGUAACAUCUGGCGUUGACUGGAAGCCUGUAGUUGCUGCGUUGAGGUUUGGUAUGCUGUUGUCUCAGGUUUCCAUUCAAUCAAGCAAACCAUGUCUCGAAAGUAUGGCAAACUCGAGCACACGUACAUAUACAUUUCCUGUCAACUGAGUAUCUCUUGCCAUCCCAGGAGAAAUCAGAAAGUGACAGAGCCAUUCGAUCUGCGAAAUAGACAACUCCCAUCAACCGCUCGCCUCCUUCAAAUCCACGCACCUGCUAAGACGACUUUCACUGAUCUGCUGCUCCCGAACUACACGCCACGACGCUUAGUCGAGAUAAUUAUGGAUCCCAACAAACAUCAUGCUCAGGUCCAUGAGAUCAAGAGCCAAGUCCCCGCUGAGUGUGCGAAGAUCAUUGCGGGUAGGACAUUCCAGGGCCAGGGUCACGACAUCAAGAACAGCUUGGGCCCCUAUGCUGCUCGUGCCUGUCCAAAUCAACGUCUCGUGAAAGCCUUCGGCAUUGAGAAUUCCUUCAUCGUGACUGAGAAGAAAGCCUCUGAAGAUUUCCGUGAACUGGUGGAGCAGAAGAUUCAAGUGAAUGCACCCGAAUGGAUUGACUUCGCUGCAGUCGCAAGGUCUAUCGCUGAAGAGCAGGUCUCUGGAGAGGGAGAGAGUCGCAAUCUGUUCGAGGUCGUACAGAUGCUUAGCAUCAAGAUGGUCAGAAAGGUCAUCUGGGGUGUUGGCGAAGAGGCGGAGGGAGUUGACGAUCAAUUGCGGGUCGUGGCCAAGGAAGUCAACAAGCAGUGGCUGAAGUCGAAGAAGUAUGAUGACGCAUUCCUGGAAGCUGGAGAUGGAGUCGAAUUACCAGCGGCGCUGAAGCAGGCAUUGAUGGAGGUCUUUGAUUGGGAUGGUGAGGAUCGCACGGCGAAUCCGCUCAACUUCAUCCUGCCCGGUUACGAGACCAUCUGGCGCGUAGUCCUACGCUGCUUCAUCGAGUUGUCUGCUCGUCACCAUCCGAACAGCAGUGUCUGGGCCAAUGCUUUCAAAGAAUUUCUGAAUAGUCCUACACCGCAACAGCUCAAGCAUCGCAUGGGUGUGAAUGGGGAUCAAAUUUCUGCCCUCAUGGUCUCAAAAGAGAUUCUCCGUCUCUAUCCGCCAACAAGACGUGUCUAUCGCCGGUUCGAGGACGAGAACGGAACAGCAUACUCCAUGGCAGCUGACAUCGAAAGCAUGCAGCGUGAUGCUAGCAUCUGGGAGGGCGACCCGCUGACGUUCCGUCCAGAACGCUGGAUCGACAUCUCUGGAGAAGAUGAGAAAUGGCUUCCAUUCGGGGCCAAACCUUUUCGCUGUCCAGCUAAGCAGAGUUUCAACGUUUACAUUCCGUUCGGAGUGUCGAUGAUUGCAGUACUGACAGGUGCUCUGCUCGAAGCAACAGAGAAUCGUUGGGAGUAUUUCGGCCAAGCGCUUCCAGAUGCUGGCGUCCCGCUGGAUACUGACAGAGAGGCGUACCAAGAGGCCGAGUUGCGCAAAAUCAAAAGUCAGGCAUAAGACGCCAGUCAUGCUUGACAGACAUCGUUGUCACAGCGGCGCACUCCUCUUCCGGAAACUCGCCUGCAUCUCAGCCAACAGCAUAUUUUGAAUCUUCUCCAGCCUCGCAUCAGCCUUCUCGUCGCUUUCUCCAGGCAAUGGGGAUGAAUAUGGCGCCUUGGCGAGGGGUGCCAGGUGCUCGAAAUGCAACUUCGAAGGAGAAACUGCGGACACAAUGAGAGACGUUACCA